AUGUCCGGCGAGCGGACCCAAAGUGUCGUCAAGAGAAUAAUCCGCCAAGUCGGCCUGGAGUGCGCUGCCCAGGGACAAAGCCUCUCGGAAACCUUGGUGGCCUUCAUGGUGAAAGCUGUUGUUUUAGAUCCAAGAAAUGACUUCAAUAUGGAUCGAAUCCUUACAGAAAAUGACACGCAGGAUCUUAUCCAGCUCUGUGUUACCAGACUGCUUGACACAACAAACCCAUCCCUAAGCACAAUUAAGAUGCAAGUUUACUUUGAUAUGAACUAUGCAAACCGAGAUGAAUUACUGAGUGAGCAGGAGCGUGUCCUGGAAGGAAAACUGGCUCCUGUGGUUAGAGCUAUAACAGAAGCUGGUCCACGUGUGCAAGAAGACACGGAGAAUGUGUAUCAAAAAAUUGUUACCUAUGUGCUGCUGAGGUCUGGCCUGGGACCCCCAACAGAUAUUGAGGCUGUCAGGGAGGUAACAGCUGCCUUGCAGAGUGUAUUCCCCCAAACAGAGAUGGCAACUUUCAUCUCACUCAGUAAGAAGGACAAAGAACAACAGCUGAAAGAUCUUGCCAUGCUAGUCUCAGGAAUUCGUUUGUACAACAGGCAGUGCCAGAAAGGAGGAAGCAGCAUUGAUGACUUGCCAGACAUCCUGAACGAAGCCAUUCCGUCGGCUACACAGACUCUCGAUGAACGUCUGAAUUCUUGCCAGCUGCUGGCCCACCGCUACACUGCCCUGCUGGAAUCCAUGCAGGAAGACCCUCACAGACACCCCCAGCUUAGUUCUUUGAAAUUAAAAGAAGCAUUAUUCAAUGUGAGACAGUACGAAGCCUUUCUUUGCAUCCUUCAGUCUAAUGCAAUUACAAGUGGUCAAGAAGUUGAAUCGUUGAAUGUUCAGUUUGAAGCAGCAAUGAUGGUAUUGAAAAACACAGUGGAGAAUAAGACUUCCAUAGAGUUCAAAGAAGUUUUUCCUCUGUUUAUGGAACUUUCCAAGCUUUGGACUGGCUUUCAGGAUGAAAUGCUACUGCUAAGCUUCCUCACAAAUAUGGCUAACCAUCUGCAACAAUUCUUGGAAAUCCAAUCACAGCUUUUUCCAGAGGAAAUGCUAACAUCUCUUCUGGAAGGAGUGACUGUGAAAAAUGAUGAGGAAAGGAUAAAAGAAGCCAUGGGAACCAAAGUGAAUGUUUCUGAUUUUAAGAACCAAGAAUGGCUUUUUCCAGAGACUACUGAUUAUUUUGAUCAGUUGCUAAUCCAGUAUCAUGGUUUCUGUGCACAUUCAAUUGGUGUGAAAGGUAUCACCCUACCAGGAAAUCCUGCUAUUGGAAUUUUGAAGCACGAGGAGAAAUAUUAUGUGUUCAGUUCAAAAGAAGCUGCAUACCUCUUUGCUCAAGAUCCAGAUAAAUUCAUUCAAUUGAAUAUAGAAAAAGCAAAAAAAUAUGCAGAGCUAAUUCAACUGCUUGAGCUCCAUCAUCAGUUUGAAUACCUUGUUCCACAUGCACAGGCCAGAAAUGCAAGCAAAGGUUCACUGAAACCCCCUAAACGUGACAGUGGUACUCAAACUGAUACUCAUAUCUUACCUCCAACUAUUGUGAGAUCUUAUGAAUGGAAUGAAUGGGAACUGAGAAGAAAAGCUAUAAAAUUGGCCAACCUGCGGCGCAAGUUAACUCAUGCCAUGCAGACUGAUCUCAGCCACAUGAGAAGAGAGAACUUCACCCAAGUGUACUUGCCAAAAGAUGCUGGCACUCAGACUAAGCGUGACAACUCAAGCAAUGUACCCAAACCCCAGAUUUUCCUGAAAGGCCUCCGAGGAGGACCAUCUCCCACUACUCAUAUGGUCACAGUAGACUUAACAAGACCACUGGAUGAAACCUGA